AGUUUUCCCCUCACUUUAUAUUAAUGUGUUGAUUUGGAGAAUCUUAAGUUAUUUAAUAAUAGAGCGAUGUUAUUUAUUUGUAUAAACAUAGUAUUUCAGUAUGUUUUUCUGUCAGUUAUCUUUGUGAUCUGAAGUAAAGAGACUCCCUUGCUCACAUAGACUUGAGGCUGUCAGUCUAAGCGACAUCUUUUUGUUCGUUGCACAUAUGGCAGUGCUAACUUCCCCUUUCUGACCUUGUUGUUGCUGAAAAUUUUCUUGUCGCUCCAAAUAUCGCUCAUGCAGAUAUGGCGAAACACUUAAACAUUUGUUCUCAUUUUUCUGUCAGAAAUCAAUCGGCAAAGAAGUAGAUACCAAAGACAUGGGAAACAGUGGUGAGGAAGGAAAGCUGCAUCGCAGGCUUUCAAGAAUAGGAAGCAGAUCGCAGAGAGAGCCACCACGACCCCCUCCUCAAACAGACAAGCCCCCAGCAGCUGUUCCUCCAAGACCUGCUGAAGCCAGUCCAAAACCUCCAGAACCUGCACCAAAACCAGUUGUAAUCCCUCCAAAACCUACAGUGGCCCAAAAGCCUGUUGCCCCUCCAAAGCCACAAAUACAAGUGUUCAACAGCACAGAACAUGGCGCCGACAUACUCAAAGGGUUGGAUCAUUUUCGUGGUGAUGAGACUCUUUGUGAUGUGACUCUGGUUCCUGGUGACAGCAGUGAAACUUUCCCUGUUCACAGAGUCAUCAUGGCUUCAGCCAGUGACUACUUCAAGGCCAUGUUCACAGGAGGCAUGAGAGAGCAAGAGCUAAAGGAGAUUAAGCUCCACGGUGUGAGCACAGUCGGCCUAAAGAACAUCAUCGUGUUCAUCUACACAUCUCAACUGAGCCUGAGUCUUAGCACCCUUCAGGACACGCUAGAGGCGGCGAGCUUCCUCCAGGUGCUUCCCGUUCUCAACUUCUGCAACCAGCUACUCAGCAGUGAGAUCACUAUAGAAAACUGUGUGGAAGUGGAGCGCAUAGCCAAAGAUCUUCUUCUGGAAGAUGUCCAAAAACACAUCCACACAUUUGUGUGUGAGAACUUCUCGAUGCUGAUGCAGAGCGGCCGCCUCCUGCAGUUGUCCGAGGCAAGUAUGACCUUCGCCCUCUCCAGCAACUCUCUGAGGGGUCUCUCUGAGAUGGAGCUGUACCGCAUCGCCCGAGCAUGGCUGUCCCACAAACCCAACGAGCGGCGUUCUGCUGCCUACUCCCUGAUGCGCCACAUCCGCUUCCCUCUGAUGUCCCCUGCUGAGCUCCUCCAGAUCUCACAGGAGGACCACACUGAAGAAGGAGCUGCAAGCAGGAGAAAGGAAGAAGGGGAGGCCUUCAUGCGAUCGGACACGGCUUGUGUCAACCUUCUCCUGGAGGCCAGUAACUAUCAAAUGCUUCCCUUCCUCCAGCCGGCACUCCAGACAGAACGGACAAAGAUUCGAUCUGAUUGCACACAUCUGGUGGUCCUGGGUGGAGUAAUGAGGCAGCAACUGGUGGUCAGCAAAGAGCUCAAACUUUAUGAUAAAGAUGACGGAGGCUCCUGGAGGGCCCUGCAGCCUAUGGAGGUGCCCCGUUACCAGCAUGGAGUGGCUCUUCUUGGAGGAUUUCUUUACAUUGUGGGAGGUCAGAGCACUUACGACACCAAGGGCAAGACAGCUGUGGACAGUGCGUACAGGUAUGAUCCUCGCUUUGACCGCUGGUUGCAGGUGGCCUCUCUGAAUGAGAAGAGAACGUUCUUUCAUCUCAGUGCUCUAAAGGGGAAGCUCUAUGCAGUCGGAGGGAGAAAUGCCACGGGGGAGAUUGAUUCAGUGGAGUGCUACAACUUGAACAAGAACGAGUGGACUUUAGUUGCCCCGAUGAGUGAACCGCACUAUGGACAUGCUGGCACAGUUCAUGGAGGUCUGAUGUAUGUGUCAGGCGGGAUCACAAGAGACGCUUUCCAGAAGGAGCUGCUGUGUUAUGACCCUGAUAGAGACUUGUGGAGCAGGCGAGCAGACAUGAUGGAGCUCCGUGGUCUCCACUGCAUGUGCACCGUGGGCGAGCGCCUCUACGUCAUGGGUGGAAACCACUUCCGGGGUACGAAUGACUAUGAUGAUGUGCUCAGCUGUGAGUUUUACAGCCCUGACGCUGACCAGUGGACAAUGGUGGCGCCGAUGACCCGGGGUCAGAGCGAUGUGGGGGUGGCCGUCUUCGAGGAGCGCAUCUAUGUGGUGGGCGGUUACUCCUGGAACAGCAGGUGCAUGGUGGACAUCGUGCAGUGUUAUGACCCGGAGAAAGAUGAGUGGGAGAAGGCCUUCAGUCUGCUGGAGCCUCUCGGAGGAAUUCGGGCCUGCACAAUGACUGUUCAUUGUCCACAGGGUUCCGCAGAUGAGACUGACAUACAAGAGUGUCCUCUUUUAACAUCCAAAUGAUUCCGAUUUGCCCUUUAUUCAUAGGAUACUCAAUCAGCUUUCACAUUUCUAGCGAUGUGUGUUGUCAAAAACAGAUUUGAUGGAUGAAUUAUUGUGCAUGCCACUUUAUUGAAGUCUGACCUGGAGCAAGUGUGCUGAUAUAUUUGUAAAUUUUGCUUUUUAAUGCCUUUUGCUUUUUAUACACUUUGCAAAAAUAAACUUUUAAAAUGAA